CAUCUUCCCAAUCAGCAUAUAGUCAAGCCUACCGGAAUAAACAAUUAGCAAGUAGCAAACAAAAAGCUUAAAGAAUGGCGUCUCUUUCACUUUCGAUUUCACCAAACCCUGACCACUUAAUCGACGGUAUCUUCGUCUCCCCUCGGAGGCAGUUGCUCCGUCGUGUUGCUAUCAAUUCAAGUCCCUCCGGCUUCAAUUUUCUCGCAAAAUUAACGUCAGCUGAGAAAAAUAGGAGAAACAAAGUAGCCGCCGUCCGAAUGUCGUCAAUAUCUCCUGCUUCGCACUCGUAUGACGUCGUCGUAGUUGGCGCUGGAAUAAUUGGAUUGAGUAUCGCCCGGCAGCUUCUCAUUGGUUCGCAUUUGUCCGUCGCCGUGGUUGACGCCGCCGUACCUUGUUCCGGCGCUACUGGUGCAGGACAGGGCUAUAUAUGGAUGGUGCAUAAGGUUCCAGGAAGUGAGAAAUGGGAGCUAGCAAUGAGAAGUCGUGAACUAUGGGAGAAGUUUGCAGAGGAUAUAAAGUAUCAAGGAAUUGAUCCUCAAGAAGUUCUUGGCUGGAAGAAGACAGGAAGCUUGUUGGUUGGUAAAACCUCAGAUGAAAUGUCAGUAUUGAAAGAGAAGGUAGAUAAGCUAUCUAAAGCUGGACUCAAUGCAGAGCUCUUGUCUUCCAUUGAUUUGAAGGAAAUAGAACCAGUGCUUGUAGUUGGAGAAGAAGGUGGGGCCGCUUUUCUACCCAAUGAUUACCAACUUGAUGCUCGGCGUUCAGUUGCAUAUAUAGAAAAGGAGAACAGAAAGUAUGCAAGUGAAGGAAGAUAUGGGGAAUAUUACAAUCAGCCAGUAACUGGUUUAUUAAGGUCUGGCACUGGGGAGGUUGAAGCUGUUCAGACUCCAAAAUAUUCAUUGUAUAGCAAGAAAGCCAUAGUAAUUUCCACUGGAUGCUGGACAGGGUCUUUGAUGCAAGACCUCAUAAGGGAUUCAGAUAUUAAAUUAAAUAUCCCUAUAAAGCCUCGAAAGGGUCAUCUAUUGGUGAUAGAGAAUUUUAAUUCCUUUAAAUUAAACCAUGGUUUAAUGGAGGUAGGAUACAUUGGUCAUCAAGAUGCAAUUUUGCAACCUAAUAAUCUUGAUUCUGGAGCUGAAACUUCUUCAUCCGUUUCAAUGACUGCAACAAUGGAUACACUUGGAAAUCUUGUUCUUGGAAGCAGCCGACAAUUUGUUGGAUUUAAUACGGAAAUAAAUGAAGAAAUUAUCAAUAAAAUAUGGGAACGUGCCAAAGAGUUCUUUCCUUGUUUAAGAGAAUUAUCACUAAAAGAUUUGGAGAAAAACAGAGAAGUCAGAGUUGGGUUAAGACCCUAUAUGCCAGAUGGCAAGCCUAUGAUUGGGCCUGUUCCCGGAUUGUCAAAUGUAUUCCUUGCUGCAGGACAUGAGGGAGAAGGAUUGACUCUGGCGCUUGGAACUGCUGAAAUGGUUGCUGAUAUGGUUUUGGGUAAUCCUAGCAAAGUUGAUAAUGCACCAUAUGCAUUACAUGCUCAUAGUUCUUGAUAGCAGGUGAUAUCUUGUUAAUGGGUGUGAGUUAAAUGUAAUAAAUAUUAAAUAGCAAUGUAAUUUUGUUGAUUUGUUUAUUAUACUGAAUUCUAGUUUCACUUCUUCCUAUUACAAGAGCUGAUGUCCAAAGGAG